CCCGCUUCUACUCUCCUUCACCCUUUCACAUCCUCGAUACUUACCGGAAUACACACGUUGUCAUCUUAUCUGAGAGCCUAAUCGCUUUCUCCGAUUACCAGAACAAAAAAACUUAUCACUUUAUUGAUCUUGAGCUUGGUGCUGCAGCCUUAAUUCCUUGGCUGCAAGUGAAUACCCAAAAGGAGGUUGCCGCAUCGCAUAUCUCUACCUAUUAUCAAACAACUCAAUAUGGAUCCUGGGCAAGCAAAUAACGGACCCGCGGCUUCCGAUGACUCUGCUCGGAGAGCGGUAAGUACCUGUUAUCCGAUUUAGCCAAUUCCAGUGUUGGCAUUAUUCAGAUUAUGGGCCUGCCCUGCUUGCGUAUCACGUAUCGCUUACACGGCAUCCCCAAAGCGAUCAACCGCGAAAAUGGUGUGCCGUGCUGCCAGAAUGGCUUUGUUAGCUGCAUCGGCCCGCUGCGAGUUUCACCCUUCAACCAUAUCUUGUGUUAUGUAACGAUCCUUUUUGCAUGUCAGGGCUGACAAGAACUCUUGCGAACACAGUGUGAUCAGUGUCGUACGAGAAAGAUCCGAUGCGAUAAAGACUGGCCAUGCUCCAACUGCCGUACGGCCAAGCGCUCCUGUACAUCCACAGGCGUUGGUCAGAGACCCAAAGAGCCCCGGCAGAGAGUUCUCAUCUCAUCCCAAUAGUUCGUGACCCCAGACGCUGUAUCUGCACAUGGUGCCGCUUUGUUCCCUCCAUGCAGCUUCGCCGAUAGCCGUUCACCAACCAGAUAAGGCAGUUCAUCCACUAACCGCUGGCAUGCGUGCCUCGUAGUGAACGAAAGAUCGACCAAAUUGAGGUCCGCUUGGGCAAUAUAGAAAGCCUCCUCCGGGAUCUCUCCCAACGCCCCGUCUCCACUCCAGGAAGUAACAUUCAUUUUCCUGUCACCCCUGCAGGCUUCCCGGGUCUCGAUCCAGCCUCUGCAUCAACAGCGGCCUUUGACAGUUCCGAUGAGGAGUCUGUUCUGGGUGGUGAUUCGGUCAUUGCCCAGCAAACCACCCUUGCUAGCGAGCUUCUCGAGCAUGCCGUCGAGCGCACCUCAUUGAACGAUAUCAGUCCCAAGAUGUGGGAAGCUCUCGCAAACUUGAGACAGUUGGCCGAGCUUCAGAGUCGGCAGUCCAUCAGCCAUGGUCCCCGUUUUCCACUCCAGCAGCCCAUCCCAAAGGGAGGCUUGGGCCAACUGCCAAUGCCUCCUAUGGAUAUUGUCGUAAACCUGCUCAAGAGAGUUAGAGCUUCUCCGCCAGGUCUCUUCACGUUUGUCUGCUACUUCAUUGGAAUAAACGACUUUUCCAACCUUUGUCGAAUGGUCUACUUUCCCACAGAGGACUUUAGUGAUUCCACCUUCAUCAUCGUCAACGUUGGUCUCUAUUACUUGUUUCUCGAACAGCACCACUUAACCGUUGACAACAAACCUCUGAAGGAUGAGUUUGCAUCACACCUUUACACAAGUCGCGUCAACCUGGAAACAGCGCUGGCAAACAUGUCUCUCUUCAUGUCGACCAAGAUAGAAACAGUCCAGGCUCUCCUCAUGGGUACAUUAUACACCAUCGACGUCUGCAGACCAUCUGUGGCUUGGCAUCUCAAUUGUGCCGCCGCCCAAAUCUGCCAGACUGCUGGUUUCCACCGCAGGGAUCUCUCAACGCGCAACCCCGAGGAUACUGACAUCAAGGCGAUCCUUUUCUGGUACACGUAUACCACGGACAAAGCACUAGCACUUCGACUAGGCCGAGCCCCUGCAAUCCAGGAUUGGGAAAUCACCAUUCCACGUACUUUCGGCUUCGAUGGCAUCUUGAGUCUUGAAACUAAAGCUGUGGCGGGUACGUGGCUUAAUGCUGCAACGUUGCAGGGUCAGGUUUAUGAGCAACUGUUCUGUCCGGCAGCAUUAAGCCAACCACCAGCUGUCCUCGCCGAACGAGCCCGUCUGCUGGCAGCUGAGUGCCGUCGUGUCGAGGCAGAGUCAUUUCAGAGCCGAGAAAUGGCUAUCUCAUCACUUGAGAAAAUUGGUGCUUCCCCUCUCGUCGAUGUCCACCUGAAGGGUGACGAAGUGCAGUUGCUGUCAACCAUGACUCUCAUUUACAGAGCAGUUCCAGCUCCUGAAGGGUCGCCCACAAGGUUCUGUCAAGACUGUAUAGACACUGCACGAAAGGCUUGUCACGCACAUUUCGCGUGCAUGGAUUUGGUGCGGAAAGACCCCCACGCGAGAGCCAUAUAUGUCCAUUGGAACCUGGUGCUGACUCCCUUUGCUCCCUUCUUUGUUCUGUUCGGAUAUGUCAUCGAGACAUCUUCUCAAAAUGAUCUCCAACUGUUGAAGCAGUUCAGUGCGUCCAUUGAGGAGACCAGUGAUGCGUCCGAGACAAUGCAAAAACUGUCGCGACUAUGCAAUAUCAUGAGCAACGUCGCGGCCCUGUAUGUCGAAGCCAAGUCUCAACAAGUGGAAGACCAGGCAAUGGUGCCGAUCAAUGACGAAUUCGACGUGUAUUUGAGCCAGCUCGGACUCAUACCUGUUGUAGACUCGUCCAUGGGCAAUGCAGGUGAUCCAAAUGCAGAGUUUGGUGAGAACGCCCAAGUCAACCAAAUGGCAGACUGGAUGUCUGGAAGUCGAAAUUUGCUGGGAUUGUUGGAACAGGAUAUAUCGCAGAUCGGAGGUGUACAGUGGCCACCCAUGUAGAAUAGAAUGAUAGAUAGGACCCGGAUAGAUACUCGCAAAUAGAAUUUUGGUUUGAUGUUCAUAAAUUAAGA